AUGGCGACUUCGACCCCUUCGCCUCGCGAGCGCCGUCCCUCGACCAGCGCCCCGCUCGCAGAUCUCCAAGGUCCCGUCGGGCCAGCCAACUUCACUCGUCCGAAGCACAAGAGGACAGUGACCGGUUUCGGUCCCGGUGAGAUCAAGGCUGUCGAGAACAGCAUCCCAGAGCCCCAGCGUGAGGCAUGGAGGAAAUUCAUGCCCAAGCCUUUCUCCACACCGGACGAGUUCAGCAAGGAGGCAGUCCGUCAUAUCGAAACUACCCUUGCGCGCUCGCUGUUCAACUGCGAUGAGUCGGCUGCGUAUGGUGGAACCGCCCUGGCGUUCAGAGAUCGCCUGGUCCUGGACUGGAACAAGACACAGCAGAGCCAGACAUUCGCUGAUCCGAAGCGUGUAUACUACUUGUCUCUUGAAUUUUUGAUGGGACGUGCUUUGGACAAUGCUAUGCUUAACGUCGAGUCGAAGGAUAUCGCUGCCAAGGGUCUCGCUGACCUUGGUUUCCGCAUGGAGGAUGUCAUUUCGCAGGAGCAUGACGCUGCCCUGGGAAACGGAGGUCUUGGUCGUCUCGCCGCUUGCUUCCUCGACUCGAUGGCGUCGUUGAACAUCCCAGCAUGGGGCUACGGUCUCCGUUACAGAUACGGUAUCUUCAAGCAGGAGAUCGUGGAUGGAUACCAAGUCGAGGUCCCAGACUAUUGGCUCGACUUCAACCCCUGGGAGUUCCAGAGACACGACAUCACAGUCGACAUCCAGUUCUACGGUCAUGUGAACCGCUGGCAGGAUGACGAUGGCAAGCAGCAGUCAUCCUGGGAGGGUGGCGAGAUAGUACAGGCUGUGGCUUAUGACGUCCCAAUUCCUGGCUACAAGACCGGCACAUGCAACAACCUUCGUCUCUGGGGCAGCAAGGCUGCCAGCGGGGAGUUCGAUUUUCAGAAGUUCAACUCUGGCGAGUACGAGAGCUCCGUAGCGGACCAGCAGCGUGCGGAAACCAUCUCGGCUGUUCUGUACCCCAACGACAACCUCGAGCGUGGAAAGGAACUUCGGCUCAAGCAGCAGUACUUCUGGUGUGCUGCCUCGCUCUACGACAUCGUGCGCCGGUUCAAGAAGAGCAAGCGUGCCUGGAAGGAGUUCCCUAACCAGGUCGCUAUCCAGCUGAACGACACUCAUCCGACAUUGGCCAUUCCUGAGCUUCAGAGAAUUCUGGUUGAUAUUGAGGGCUUGGAUUGGGAUGAUGCAUGGAGCAUUGUGCAGAAGACAUUUGGCUACACCAACCACACAGUCCUGCCUGAGGCGCUCGAGAAGUGGUCAGUCCCUCUGAUGCAGCACCUCUUGCCCCGCCACCUUCAGAUUAUCUUCGACAUCAACCUCAACUUCUUGCAGUUCGUCGAGCGCAACUUUCCUAAUGAUCGUGAGCUUCUUGGCAGGGUCUCCAUCGUUGAGGAAUCGCAGCCAAAGAUGGUUCGCAUGGCCUACCUCGCCUUGAUUGGUUCCCAUAAGGUCAACGGUGUGGCCGAGCUACACUCCGAUCUGAUCAAGACUACUAUCUUCAAGGACUUUGUCAAGAUCUACGGACCUGACAAGUUCACGAAUGUCACAAACGGUAUCACACCGCGCAGAUGGCUGCACCAGGCCAACCCCAGGCUUUCUAAGCUCAUUGCUUCCAAGCUUGGUGGUCACGAGUUCUUGAAGGAUCUGACCCUGCUGCACAAGCUUGAGGCCUUCGUCGAUGACAAGGAGUUCAGGAAAGAGUUCCGAGAAAUAAAAUAUGAGAAUAAGGUUCGUCUCGCCCAACAUAUCGCGGAGCACAACGGUGUCAAGGUCAACCCGGCGGCUCUUUUCGAUGUCCAGGUCAAGCGUAUCCAUGAGUACAAGCGCCAGCAGCUCAACAUCUUCGGUGUCAUCCACCGCUACCUCCAAAUCAAGGCCAUGUCGCCCGAGGAGAGGAAGAAGCUCGCCCCGCGUGUCUCGAUCUUCGGUGGAAAGGCUGCGCCUGGUUACUGGAUGGCUAAGACCGUCAUUCACCUUAUCAACAAGGUCGGAGAGGUUGUCAACAACGACAAGGACGUCGGUGACCUGCUCAAGGUCAUCUUCCUUGAGGACUACAACGUCAGCAAGGCCGAGAUUAUCGUCCCUGCCAGCGAUAUCAGCGAGCACAUCUCCACUGCCGGUACUGAAGCCAGUGGUACAAGUAACAUGAAGUUUUGUCUCAACGGGGGUCUCAUCAUUGGUACUUGCGACGGUGCCAACAUCGAGAUCACCCGCGAAAUUGGCGAGGAGAACAUCUUCCUCUUCGGCAACCUUUCUGAGGAUGUUGAGGACCUUCGUCACGCCCACUUGUACAAGCACUACGAGCUCGAGCCCCAGCUCGCCAAUGUCUUUGACCACAUCCACAAGGGCACGUUCGGCGAUGCAGAGCGAUUCUCGGCACUGCUGAAUGGCAUCGUCGAUCACGGUGACUACUACCUCGUGUCUGACGACUUCGACUCCUACAUCAAGACCCAGGAAGCGAUCGACGAGAGCUACAAGAAUACUGAGGAGUGGACAACAAAGACCAUCUUGACGGUCGCCCGUAUGGGUUUCUUCACCAGCGACAGGUGUAUCGACGAGUAUGCUGAAAGCAUCUGGAAUGUCGAGCCGCUGGUUCCCGAGGAUGAGCCUGCCCCAUAG